CGAGACCCAAAUACGGUCUGCGACGACAGGGUGCAAGUGGGAGUCCUCGGAGACAGGCCAUGUAAAUGCCAAUCCAGCACCCCUUCCGCACGUCCAGGACAGAUACCACUACGUGCACGUCCAGGUGUCAUUGACCAGGUCACAGCAAAGUGGGGAACCCGCAAUUCCGCAAUUCCGAGCUGAAAAUGUGGGCCCCCCAACUGGGUUGGUCUCCUUCCAAACCACCGCACCUUCGCUCGUGCAUCGCUCGUCGCUGCUCAACCCUUUCCAGCUGGCUCCGUCUCCCCCGUUGGAUGGGCAUCGCUGCUCGACGCUGGCGUCAUUGACCGUCAUCGCACGCUGGCGCUCGUCAUGGUUUGCCUGGGGCGCUUCAUGGGCGGCAAAAGCAAGGUCUUGCCAGAGACCACUUACAGGGUGAAGCUGCACUGUCCGGAGGGCCAGCCCAUUGGCAUCUUCAUGGCCGGACACCCCCAGGUCGAAGGACUGGUCGUGGUGAAGCUGCAGAAGUCGGAAGUGGUCGGGCGCUGGAACGCGCAGAAUCCGGAGGUUCCGCUGGAAGUGGGGCAUGUGAUUCUGGAGAUCAAUGGCCUCACCGACAGUGAGAAGAUGUUGGAGCAAUUUGCGCCCGGACGGACGGUGGACAUCCUGGUGAACGUCGUGAUGAAUGCGCAGCACAACCGGAUCCUGUCGCAUUGCUUGCGCAAGCAACGCCUCGCUGCCGCGGUCGAGACGCUCCUCCAUCCUGUGGACAACUCCUCCGAGAACGACGACGACGCGGUCGAGACCUCUGGGCCACCGGUGUGCGCCAUUUGUCAGGAAGACAUGAAGGUGAAGACAUGCUGCAAGAAAUCAGAAGUGGUCUCGCUUGAGUGCAAACAUCGAUUUCACUGCCAGUGUGUGAAGCAGUGGCUUGUGAACGGCCAGCUGCGCUGUCCUUUGUGCAACCAUCAGCUGCAGUUGCGAACGGACACCGACUAGCAGUGCCCCACCAGUGGGACGAGGCGACAUCUUGGUCUAUGGCCCCGCUCGGGGGUGCCACACGCGCCCGCGUGCGUGAAUCGUGGUUGUAUAGCCGAUGGACGGCUGGAACAUGGGUUCCUCCCUACCCAUCUUGCUUUGUUUGGUUGGAGGAUGUAUUUGUUGCAUUUUCCUAGUUGUUCCUUGCACCUAGGCGCAAGCCAAGACUCCACGUCAGCUUAACCAAGUCACUGGCCCAAGACUAAGCCGUGCUCAUAGGAGGAUGCACCAACCAUACUUGAUUGAGGGUGGCAGUCCAAAUCGGCAGCCUGGAACUGCUAGCAAAGAGUUGUUUGACAUGUUCAUCGAGCUUGCAGGGUGCUUGCGUUCAGAAAUUUGUAUAGAGAAGAGGUGCAGCCGUGAUUGGAGCACUUUCUCCACUCGAUAUUUGGCUUAGUGCCUAUAUCGAAAGUUUUCAGAAGCUCUGUAGUGGGUGGUGACAAGGGUCACACACCGGCCAUUGCUCUCAGAGAAGCAUAUUGCCAACGCCCAUGUCGAUGUUUCUGUCGAAGCGGCUCUAUCAGUUCGAGCUUGCAAAAAAGUGAGUCCAAAAA